GCUCAUUUUUAUUAGCAAAUGCUCAAAUUGUCGACUUUCCAAUUGUCUAUUGCAAUGAGUCCUUUUGUAAGAUUAGUGGAUAUAAUCGAGCUGAAGUUAUGCAAAAAUCGUGCCGAUGUGGUUUCAUGUACGGUGAGCUAACAGAUAAAGAGACUGUAUCAAGAUUAGAAUUUACAUUAGAAAACCAACAACAGGAUCAAUUCGAAAUUUUAUUGUACAAAAAGAAUAAGACUCCACUAUGGCUCCUAUUACAAAUAGCUCCAAUAAGAAACGAAAGAGAUUUAGUUGUUUUAUUUUUAUUAACUUUUCGAGAUAUAACCGCAUUAAAACAGCCAAUAGACAGCGAAGAUACGAAAGGAGACACAGUCGAAGGAGGAGUUUUAGGUUUAUCAAAGUUUGCAAAAUUAGCGAGAUCAGUAACAAGAAGUCGUCAAUUCAGCGCACAUUUACCAACAUUGAAAGAUCCAACAAAACAAUCCAAUUUAGGGCAUAUGAUGUCACUCAGCGCAGAUAUUAUGCCACAAUAUCGUCAAGAAGCGCCAAAGACACCACCACAUAUAUUAUUACAUUAUUGUGCAUUUAAAGCAAUAUGGGAUUGGGUGAUAUUGUGUUUAACCUUUUAUACAGCUAUAAUGGUGCCAUAUAAUGUAGCCUUUAAAAAUAAAACCUCAGAAGAUGUUUCAUUGUUGGUAGUUGAUUCAAUAGUAGAUGUUAUUUUCUUCAUAGAUAUCGUUUUAAAUUUUCAUACAACAUUCGUUGGCCCUGGCGGUGAAGUUGUUAGUGAUCCAAAAGUGAUACGAAUGAACUAUUUAAAAUCAUGGUUUAUUAUUGAUCUAUUAAGUUGUUUGCCUUAUGACGUAUUUAAUGCCUUUGACCAUGAUGAAGAUGGUAUAGGUUCAUUAUUUAGUGCACUUAAAGUAGUAAGAUUAUUACGUUUGGGGCGGGUUGUGAGAAAAUUAGAUCGUUAUCUAGAAUAUGGUGCUGCUAUGCUGAUAUUACUUUUAUGUUUUUAUAUGUUAGUAGCACAUUGGUUAGCAUGUAUAUGGUACUCGAUUGGUAGGAGUGAUGCUGAUAAUGGAGUUCAAUAUAGUUGGUUGUGGAAAUUAGCAAACGUUACACAAAAUCCCUAUUCCUAUAUUUGGUCAAACGAAACUGGUAUACCAGAAUUAGUUAAUGGUCCGUCCAGAAAGACUAUGUAUGUCACAGCAUUGUAUUUUACAAUGACUUGCAUGACUUCAGUUGGAUUCGGAAACGUUGCUGCUGAGACGGACAACGAGAAGGUGUUCACCAUCUGCAUGAUGAUUAUUGCAGCAUUAUUAUAUGCUACAAUAUUUGGUCAUGUAACAACAAUUAUACAACAGAUGACAUCGGCCACUGCAAAGUAUCAUGAUAUGUUGAAUAAUGUAAGAGAAUUUAUGAAAUUACACGAAGUGCCAAAAGCACUUAGUGAACGUGUAAUGGAUUAUGUAGUAUCAACAUGGGCAAUGACAAAGGGAUUAGACACCGAAAAGGUACUCAAUUAUUGUCCAAAAGAUAUGAAGGCCGAUAUCUGUGUUCAUUUAAAUCGUAAAGUAUUCAAUGAACACCCCGCAUUUCGUUUAGCGUCUGAUGGUUGUUUACGCGCAUUAGCAAUGCAUUUCAUGAUGUCACAUUCAGCACCUGGUGAUUUAUUAUAUCAUACUGGUGAAAGUAUAGACAGUUUAUGCUUUAUUGUUACUGGAAGUUUAGAAGUAAUACAAGAUGAUGAAGUUGUAGCAAUAUUAGGUAAAGGUGAUGUCUUUGGAGACCAAUUUUGGAAAGAUUCCGCUGUUGGUCAAAGCGCUGCUAAUGUACGUGCAUUAACAUAUUGUGAUUUGCAUGCCAUUAAACGUGAUAAACUACUAGAAGUUCUGGAUUUCUAUUCAGCAUUUGCUAAUAGUUUUGCACGAAAUUUGGUGCUUACUUAUAAUUUACGACAUCGUAUGAUAUUUCGCAAAGUGGCUGAUGUAAAACGUGAAAAAGAAUUAGCAGAACGUAGAAAAAAUGAACCACAAUUACCGCAAAAUCAAGAUCAUUUAGUAAGAAAAAUUUUUUCAAAAUUCCGCCGAACGCCACAACAUAUAGGCGGUACCUUAAAAGAAGGUGCGCAAAGUGAUUUAGAAAAAGGUGAUUCAGAAGGUGACAAAACAAAGGAAUUGUAUGAAUUCAGUGAAAUAUGCGAAAUUGAACCAGAAUUGUAUUUUAGUAGUGCAAUAAAAACAAAAGCUGAAACAAUCACUACUUAUAUUUAUGACACAUCUACCGCUAAGCUUCCAGCAAAACUAACUUUAACUGAAGAUUCCCGUGUAUUAACAACAACAGCGGCAGCUCCCUCACCGUCUCCUUCCCCGUCACCAUCAUCAGGUCCGCCUUCAGCACGAAGUACACGUGCCAGCAAAUGGGGUCGUUUAUUAGGUAGCUCAAGCGUUGAUUCAGCUAGUGAUACUAGUGCAAAAGUGGCAGUUUCUAGAAGUUUAAGCGCUCGAGAAAGUUUACGAGAAAGUGCUGCACAAGGUCGGCAAAGUAGUGCUUCUAGUAGUAACGGAGGACAAGGAAAUAAAGUAUUCCCAAAGGCACCAAAACUAUCUCCUGGUCAACCAUCAUUAGCUAGACAAGAUACAAUUGACGAAGGCGGUGAAAUUGAAUCAUCACCUCCAACACGUACUGAACCUCGCACCACUGCAUUAGCUUUAGUAGAGGCUACUAAAGAACGUAACUUAGAACGAGAGCGUGAAAGGCAAAUAGAAAUGGCAUCUUCUAGAGCAACUACUUCAGAUACCUACGAUACUGGUUUACGUGAACAACCAUCAACAUUAGCACAACGAGAUUUAAUAGCAACAGUAUUAGAUUUAAAAGUUGAUGUUCGUUUAGAAAUGCAACGUAUGUCACAGCGAAUUGGACGUAUUGAAGACUUAUUGAGUGAAUUAAUUAAAAGAGUACAACAACAACAAGAUUCGUCCGGUCAAACUACACCCGGCGAUGGUAUUGAUUCAAUACCGACGAUACCAGUACAAACAUCAACUGGUAUAACAACAGAUCCAGUUAUAUCAGUUUCAGCAACAUCAUCAUCAUCGUCAUCCGUAACAUUAGGCGCUGCAUUAGGUCUAGGUAAUUUAAUUGGUACAACAAUGCCACCACCAGCUGGUACAACGUCAGCUGGUGCCAUGAUUUCUUCACCUAAUCUACCGUUAAGUUCAUCGAAUCAACAACAACAAAUAUUAGGUAGUAGUAGCUCAAGUCAUUUUAAUCCAGUAACAAGUAGUGGUAACGGUUUAGGCCCAUUAAUGCUCAAAAAACGACGUUCAAAGAGCAGAAAAGCACCAGCACCACCUAAACAAAUGCAAUCGACUGCAACAAGUCCUUGUGAACAUACAAGACUUUUAGAAGGUGAAUUACAAUCACAAUCGGGACCAAGUGGUUUAUCACAAGUUGGUUCAAGUGAUAGGACAGCUGGUACUGGUAGUGGUGGUGGUUCUGGCAGUGUAGCACCUGGUAGUCUUGGAAGUACAAGUGGGGGUCGUACUCAAAAACGUGAAUUUCUAUAGCCAAGGAUUUUAGUGCGCCAUCAAUCGGAUAAUAGCAGUUUUGAGCAAUAGUUAAAUAGAUUUUUAUUUCAAAAAUAUAAAAGAAUUAAAAAAAAUUUAAAUUUUCUAAAAUCUGGCAACAUUGCAAAAUCAAAAAUUUUUAUGUAAUAAUAUUGUAAAUAAACGAAAAGAAUAAAAAAAAUUUUGGAAAAUUUGUAAAUAUGUACGUAGAAAGCCAAUACAAUAAAGCAACGACAAGCAAUAUAACUAUGUAAAUAUGGAUUUGUAUAUAGAACUUAUAACAAAAAGAGAAAUUAAGAAUUGCACUGAUCAAAUUAAAUUGAAUGUUUUCAUUGUUGCCAUAUUUUUAUAAUAAAAAAAUAAUUUUUUAUUAAUAAAAAUUGUUUUGUGAUCAAUUUCUUAGUAUCAAAUGCUCAAAACAGAUGGCGCAAUUUUUAGUUUUUAAGGAGUUUCUGUUAUUUUCUCGUUUUUUUUUUAACACAUAUUUAUUAUAUUUCAUACACUGUUGCAAAAAUUAAAAAAAAAAAAUUCGAAAUAUUUCAUAACCUUAAACAAAUAUAAUAAACAUAGAUUAAAAAAAUUUAAUUCAUAAUUUUUUAGUAAAAUAAACGUAAACACUUAACCUAGUAAAUUUAAUUACAAAAUAAUAGAAAAUAAAAAACAAAUUAAAGUAACAUUCAUUCAAACAAAACCGUCUGUAGAUGAUGGUAUUAAAAUUAAAAAAAAAAUAUGUAGGCAUAAAAUAUUCUUGUAAAUUUACAUAAUUGCAUCUGCAUAAACCGCAUAUGAGUGAAUUAAACGAAACAAACCAAUUAAUAAACAUUACUAAAAGCCUGAUACUGAUUCGUCGAAUAAAUUUAUAUUUGUAGUUUCAAAAAAAUUCUUUUUAUUGUUACAUUGUUAUUUACUCGACUACAUACAAUUAUUUUAUUAUACAUAUUAUAUGCUAUUUUUUAUGUUACUUAAAUUUUUUUUUGUUAAAUUUUAUUUUAUUUUUGAUUUAAAAAAUUAAUAUUUCAAUUUUGAACCCAUUUUCAUUAUACCGAAGAGUUCAAGUUAUUAGCAAAUCAAAUUAUGCUAAAACCUAAAAGUUUAUAUCAAA